AUGACGGCCAAGCCGAACAACGGCAUGCGUGAGUCGAUGACUGACGGCGAUACCGACACAUUCUGGGAGGGCGACGGAAACGGUGGGACGGUAACGUUUGAGUUCCCGGACGAGGUGUACGUAGAGGCGAUGACGGUGGCUGUUGCGGCAGGCGACAAAGCCGCUAUCCCCAGUGGCAUGUCGUUGGCGUACGGCGUGCACCCGGACUACCUCGAUGGCGAGGUAGCGUCGGUUUCUGUGGACAGGAAGUCACUGUACACCGAGGACGGCAACAUCGGGUGGUUCACAUACCCGGUGGGCGUGGCGAGUCGGACCUUUGUGCUGCGCGUGAGCGGUCAGACACCACGGGUGCGGCAGCUGCGGGUGCUCGCGCGGGCGGUCAAGGCGCGAGUGCCCGGCAAGGCGGGACCGAGCUUUGCGCACGCGGCGCUCGGGGUGUUUAACCGCCUCGCGGCACAGGUGUUUGGCACGCUACAGGCUGGCGGCGAUGGAGCGUCGGCGGACCUCCGCGAGCAGCUUGUGUCGAUGCUCGAGGAUGCGUCGCCGCUCAAGGCCACAGUGCUCGACGUGCUUCGGGCGGAGCUGGUGCGUGUGACCGAGGCGCGGCUUGGGCUCGCGUGGCAGCCGUCGCAGCGAAAGACGGCGGCGAGCCGGGUGGCAUUCGAGCUUGCGGUGGCGGACGACACGUUCCCGUUCGAGCUCAUCUCGAUGGUCCACGCGCUGUCUGCGAGCAAGGCCGGGCUGGCUUGGGUGUUGUCCGGCGAGGGCAUGCCUGUGGUGUGGGCGGCGGGCGCGCUGCUGCUGACAGGAACGACGCGUGUGCAGCGCGGCGCGCUGGGAGUGCUCAAGCGGGUGUUUUCGAGCGACGUUGACUUUGGCACAAUGGGCCGCGCGCUCGGCGUUCUUGUGGGCGGCACAACGCUCGCCGAGUACUUUGCAGCUGUGGUGGCCAAGACACUGCGGGCCACGCUGCGGGUUGCCGGCAAGAAGGCCAAGAGCGAGGAGAAGGGCGCGGCGGAGCGUGAGUUUGACGAGGUCUUUGGCGAGCUGCCAGCCUACCGCGGGCAAGUGCCGGACGAGCUGCGCGCCGGGGUGGUUGAGCUGGCGCGAAUGGCGAUUGCCGGCGGCGAGAACGAGGGCGAGCACGAAGGCGCGACUGUCGUGCGAAGCCGGCUCGUGGCGCAGGUCUCUAACCUGGUGCAGAUGCAGGAGCUGGAUGCGAGCGAGAUGUUUACGUCUGAAGCGCUAUGGCUCUCUGUGGCGGCGCUGGGGGUGUUGUGCGAGGACGAGACUGCCGUGGCGGCUGUCAACGAGGCCGCAAGCGCAGCGCUCGCACGCGAGAGCGACGACGGCAACGACGGCGCUGCUGAGGUUGUGCUGUGCGAGAACCACGACGACGGGGUGACCAAGGCCGCGAUGCGGUGCGAGAGCUGUGCCACUGCACUCUGCGCCGACUGCGACCGAUUCCUGCACCUACCGCGCAACAAGCGCGAGCACACGCGUGAGGCGAUCAUCGAUCACGAGGCGUUUGUGGUGGAGAUGCGCGAGGGAUGCGCACGGGUCAAGAUGUCGCAGUUUGUGGUGGUCUUUGACGUGGAGAAGGGCAAGGUCCUUCUCCGUGUUGAGGCGCGCAGCAGCUCCGGGCGCGCGUGCCGGUUCUGCGGCAGCGAGCUGAGCGUGGAGAACGAGGUGCUUGUGGCCAAGGUCCGUGACGUGUGCAACGACGCCGAGUGCAUGGAGCGGAGUGAGCAGGUGUGUGUGGAUGUGCUCGAGUGUGGCCACCCAUGCGGCGGGGUGCGCGGCGAGAAAGAGCAUCUGCCAUGCCUCGUGGCUGGGUGCGACGAGGCGAUGACGGUGGCGAAGGACGAUAUGUGCAUGAUCUGCUGGACGGAGCCGCUCGAGGCGGCGCCGGCGGUGAAGCUCGGGUGCGGGCACGUGUUCCACGCCAUGUGCGUGGAUCGCUUGCUCAAGGCCAAGUGGUCGGGCCCUAGGAUCAACUUUGGGUUUUGGGCUUGCCCGCUGUGCAAGGAUGCGCGGUUCGAGCAUCCGGCGCUAGAGGAGGCGAUUGCGCCGCUUCGCGAGCUCGAGGAGAAGGUCAAGAGCAAGGCCAAGCUCCGGGCGCGCGCAUCUGGCCUUGCCGAGGACGCCGCUGUGAUGGCCGAGUACGGCGAUGACGUGGUGGCGGCUGCGAUGGCGCGGUUUGCUUACUACCAGUGCUACGAGUGCAAGGAGCCGUACUACGGCGGCGCGGUGGCGUGCGAGGCGGCCGGGCGCGGCGGCGACUUUGACGAGACCGAGCUCGUGUGCGGAGGAUGCGUCGGGCGGCGGAUCGGGGCGACGGCGUGCUCCAAGCACGGAAUGGGCGACAACAUGGUGUUUGCGUGUCGGUACUGCUGCUCGGUGGCGGUCUGGUUCUGCUUUGGAACGACGCACUUUUGCGAUACCUGCCACUCGAACGUCGGCGGCGUGCAGGCGGCGGCGGCGUCGGAGGACCGGCCAGUCUGCCCGGUCGGCCCGGGAUGCAAGCAGCUGCCGCCGGGCCCGUGUCCGCUUGGGCUCAAGGAGUGUCCGCCGGUGGGCGAGGAGCUCUGCCUCGGUUGUGGCCUCUGUGCCGAGGCGCAGGAGUACUAG